GUCUCCUCCCUCUCUCUCUGCUCCCGCCCUCUCGCUCGCUCUUCAGCAGUAGGUACAUGUGCACUGAGCGACAGCUAGGGAAGCAGUUCAGGGCACGAGCCAAAGGCGCACACACCCACCACAGAGAGCAAGGCUGCAUUAUUCAUUGGAUCCUCUUCUCCUCCGGGGUACGGCGCACUCACACACACUCACACACUCACACACACACACACACCGGCAGAUAAACUUCUAGAAGGUCCGGUACGCUCGGCGCCGGGCUCUGCAGCAGGCUGCAGUCGAGCCACUCACUCAUCCCGUUUGCUGAGCCAUCAUCGCCAUGGAAACCCCGAGUCAGAAACGCUCCAGCCGAGGCCCCAACGCCUCCGUGUCCCCGGCCCGCAUCACCAGGCUGCAGGAGAAGGAGGAGCUGUGCAACCUCAACGACCGGCUGGCCGUCUACAUCGACAAGGUGCGCUCCCUGGAGAUGGAGAACGCCGGCCUGCGGCUGCGCAUCUCCGAGUCGGAGUCCGUGGUCAGCCGCGACCUGUCCGGCAUCAAGGCGGCCUACGAGACGGAGCUGGCCGACGCACGCAAGACCCUGGACGAGGUGGCGAGGGAGCGGGCGCGGCUGCAGCUGGAGCUGGGCAAGAUCAGGGAGGAGCACAAGGAGCUCAAAGCCAGGAACACCAAGAAGGAGUCGGACCUGGAGGCGGCGCUGGCCCGACUGAGAGACCUGGAGUCCCUGCUCAACUCCAAAGAUGCUGCUCUCAGCACUGCCCUGGGGGAGAAGCGGAGCCUGGAGGUGGAGGUCAAGGAUCUCAAGGCACAGCUGGCCAAGCUGGAAGGGAACUUGGCCGAUGCCAAGAAGCAGCUCCAGGAUGAGAUGCUGAGGAGAGUGGACGCAGAGAACCGCUUGCAGACCCUGAAGGAGGAGCUGGAGUUCCAAAAGAACAUCCACAGCGAGGAACUGCGAGACUCCAGGCGCCGGCACGAGUCCCGCAUGGUGGAGAUCGACAGCGGGCGCCAGCUGGAGUUCGAGAGCAAGCUGGCCGAGGCGCUGGGCGAGCUGAGGGCCCAGCACGAGGAGCAGGUCCGCCUGUACAAGGAGGAGGUGGAGAAGACCUACAACUCCAAGCUGGAGAACGCGCGGCAGUCGGCCAGCAGGAACAGCCACAUGGUGGGAGCCGCCCACGAGGAGCUGCAGCAGACGCGCGUUCGCAUGGAGUCGGUGUCGGCUCAGCUCAGCCAGCUGCAGAAGCAGCUGUCGACCAGCGAGGCCAAGGUCCGCGACCUGGAGGAGACUCUGAACAGAGAGCGGGACCUGAUGAGGCGCCGGCUGGAGGAUAAAGAUCGGGAGAUGGCCGAGAUCCGAGCCCGGAUGCAGCAGCAGCUGGAUGAGUACCAGGAGCUGCUGGACAUCAAGCUGGCGCUGGACAUGGAGAUCAGCGCGUACAGGAAGCUGCUGGAGGGAGAGGAGGAGAGGCUGCGUCUGUCUCCCAGCCCUCCUCCCACCAGGGUGGCGGUGACCCGGAUCUCUGGCUCGGGCCACAGCCACAGCGGCCGCGUGCUCCACUCCGCCGCCGCCGCCACCGCCACCGCCACCGCCUCCAGCAGCCGCAACUCGUCCGGCGCCGCCAGCACCAAGAAGCGGCGCCUCAACGAGGCCGACGGGGAGGGCUGCGGCCUGGUGGGCAGCGCCGUGACCAAGGCCCGCAUCAGCCAGGUGGCCUCGGCCAGCGGCCGCGUCACGGUGGACGAGGUGGACCUGGAGGGGAAGUUCAUCCGCCUGAGCAACAAGGCCGACGAGGAUCAACCGCUGGGCAACUGGCAGCUGAGGAGACAAAGCGGCAGCGCGGCCCCGAUCGUCUACAAGUUCCCCCCGAAGUUCGUCUUGAAGGCUGGAGCCACUGUGACCAUCUGGGCUGCGUCUGGUGGUGCCGCCCACAACCCCCCCACCGACCUGCUGUGGAAGAGCCAGAACUCCUGGGGCACCGGCGACCUGCUGCAGACCACCCUCCUCAGCUCCAACGGAGAGGAAAUGGCCGCGAGGAAAGUGACCCGCACCCUCUUCCAGGACGAUGAAGACGACGAGAUGGGCGCUCACAGCACCAGCGGCGCAGACAACGAGUACAACCUGCGCAGCCGCAGGGUGAUCUGCGACUCGUGUGGGCAGCCGUCGGACCGCAGCUCGGGCAUCGGCAGCAGCGGCUCUCUGCCCGAAGGCCUGGUGGGCCAGUCCUUCUUCAUGGGCACCAACGGGCCCAGACAGGCUCGCACCAAACCAGAGAACUGCUCCGUCAUGUAACGGACCCGGCGCCGCCUCCUGUCGCCAACACAAGAGAAUAGUUUUCUACCAUUGGGUUGUUUUUCCUUUAUUUUUAUAUGAUCUUGUCUCAUUUUGUAUUUGGAUGAAUGUGCAGGUGAUAUUUCCCAAAGGUUUCGGCAGCGGGCACAGGAUUUCCCUGCUCCGCCGCUGAAGCGCGUACGUGUUGGUGCGUCUUUGUUCGUGUGCUGCUGUUCUGUCAUUUGUUCUGCUUGUCUGCUCGCUCGCCUCCUCUCGGAGCUCCAUUGACCAGCGCUCGCGCUUCGAUCCACGUCAGGCUGUCAGCACUCAACACGCACAGCUAGCGAACCCUGUCUCCCGGGCCGCACACGGGCCGGGCCGUUAAUCACGUCGCGUCCCAUCAAACAGGCCAGAUGUUUACUUCCUUGGAUGUAGUGGCUGCUUUUGCAGUUUGUAGCAGCAUUGUUCUAUUUUUAUACUGCAGUAGUUUAUUUUGAGUGUUUUUUGUCCGGAUAAAGCCAAAGUACCUAAAGCUCAGGGUGUUGGGCGGGUGUCGUCACCUUAGCCUCUAACAAACAUGUGGCAGCGUGUUUUCUGUGUCGGGCAGCUGUGGUGCAAAAAGAGAAAAGACUAGUUUGGUAUUAACAUAUAUUCACAGCUCAGCCCUGGAGAAAUGGAGUUGUUAUUUAAAGGUCUGUUGAAAAAAGAAAUGAAUUUUUGCUGGAACUGUUGAAUGUACAUGAACCAGUGUGUCCUCAUGAGAUGCUCAGUUAUGAUGUUACUGCAGGGCAAUGAGGAUUAGGUUGGACAUAUCAGGAACAGAACUGUUGGGUGCCAUAUGAGCAGUAGCUCUACCAACCAACCAAACUAACAGUAUUGUACUGGAGAGCUGUUUUGGUAACAUUAGCUUUACGUGCUACGAGCAGGGAUCGUGCCUUAGGACAGAAAGCGAGUUGCUCCUCACAUGCCUCCACCGCAGUCUUGUGACUGUCACUCUUCCUUCUUAAACUGGUCAUGAGAGCUUCUUUUCUUUCCUCUAAGCUUUGUAAAUCCCCAAGCAUGAUUUUGGGAGCUAAGUAGAUUGUGGGGUUUGUACUGUAUACGUUGUGAGUUUGGCUCCGCUUUUAUUAAGGGCCUCGCUGAUUAUGCGCAGCAGGUAGAUUUGUACUGUGUGCUCGCUUAGAUCCUUUAUAUUCCAGUGAAAAAGCAUAUCAAAGCAUUUAUGGGAAAUACUUGAUAGCUGUUCUUGGCUUGUUUUUUGUUUUGCCUGUAGUUUGUGCCUAUAUCUGGUUUUGACACUGAUCCCCAAAGUGCCUUUAUUAAAUGUCGAUGUUAAAGCUUCAUAGGUGGUCGUGUUUGGCCUCAGAGACACAGACAUAAAACAAGAACGUGAUGUAAUUCUUUUACACGGUCUGAUGUCUCGCUAUCGAUCAUGUGAAGGGAGUGGUCAGCGCUUUAUGGACGACAUGGAGUGAUAAUAAACCAGAGAAAACUUUAACACUGUGUUUUUGUUCAAAAAACACCAAAAGGUGCUGUUUCACAUUUGUAUUCAAUGUCUGAUGAAGAUGGAAAAACAUAAUUAUGCUCCAUGGGUGAAAAACCCAUGAAAGGCCUGUUCUGAAGUCCUGAACUCGCCCCUUGUUUGAGGCCUCCCAGUCAUUUGUCAGCCUUAAAGGUUUAGACUGUUGCCUAAAAGGGGUUUCUCACUGUGAAGCUUUAAUGAUCCAAUGAUUUGAUUAGAUUGAAGUGGGAUUAGUGUCAAAUCAUCAUGAGCUUUCCAGAACAGCCCUGCUUUCAGGCUCUGUAAUAAACGACCUCUUUUGAUGAGUAAAAGUUAUUUUCCAGUC